AUGAUAUCAAUAUUACUUAUAGGACUUGAUAACGCAGGAAAAUCUACAUUGAUAUCUCAUGCCAAGUCACUUCCUGCUAAUGGGAUGUUUGAAAUCACUCCUACAAUGGGAUUUGCAAUUGAAGAAAUUGCCAUGCCAAGCGGCAAUAAAGGAAUUAUUUAUGACUGUAGCGGGGCGGCAAGAUAUCGAAAUAUGUGGGAUCACUUUAUAGGAGAAAUCCAAGGAGUUAUAUACGUUAUUGACAGUGCAGACAGAGCGCGAUUGAGCAUUGUAAAGAAAAACAUUGAAGAAUUUUUUAAGCAUCCUUUACUUAAGAAAAAACCUAUUGUAUUUUUGGCAAAUAAACAGGAUUCUCCAGAUGCUUUAAGAAAAGAAGACAUUAAAAGAAUUCUUAGAAUAGAAAAAAAAUCUCUUUCCAAUCCUUUUUCUGUAAAAGAAGCAAUUUCUGCUACUGGGAUGGGAUUAAACAACUCUUUAAGCUUCAUUGAAAACAACUUACAAACCAAAUUCGAGUACCACUUAAAGCCUCUAUAA